ACUGUAACCCGACUGUGUACGUGGGAUCUCUCAUUUAGUAUUUGAGUCUUGCAAAAUUCGUACGUUUUCAUUCGUUUCGUUUAUUUGAAAAAUCAUCAAAAUUUUAUAAAAAAAUAGUAGUAAAUUUUCGUCUGAUUUCAUCGGCUCCCUUUAUUUUCUGUCAAUUCAUUUUGUGUGUUCGGUCUAAAAAUAAAUCUAAAGUGCAAAAAACACUAAAGCACCUCAAGACGAAGCGGACACCAUUUCAUCUGGAAGUUGCAGAAACACUAAGGAGCAAGCAAUCCAAGAACUAAAUUAAGGAUCCUAGAAGCUGUAGAAAAAUCACAUUUCAAGAUGUCUGAGAAUAUUGUGUGCCACAAGUGCAAUGAGGCCAUCACCAAGAAGAUGAUCACCGCCCUCGGCAAGACCUGGCAUCCGGAACACUUCCUCUGCCGCCACUGCGAGGAGCAGAUCGAGGAUGCCACCUUCAACAUCCAGGACGGGGAGCCGGUGUGCGCCAAGUGCUUCGUGGAGCGCUACACGCACACCUGUGCCGGAUGCAAGAAGCCGAUCCUCGAACGGACCAUCUGCGCCAUGGGCGAGAGCUGGCACGAGGGAUGCUUCUGCUGCGGCGGAGCCUGCAAGAAGCCCCUGGCCGAUCAGCCUUUCUACGAGCGCGAUGGAAAGGCCUACUGCAAGCAGGACUACGAGGACAUGUUCGCUGCCAGGUGCGCCAAGUGUGAGAAGCCGAUCACCGACAGCGCCGUCAUUGCCAUGAAUGUCAAGUGGCACCGCGACUGCUUCCGUUGCAACAAGUGCGAGAAUCCCAUCACCACCCAGACCUUCACCAUCGAAGGGGAUAAGCCGGUGUGCCCGGCCUGCAAUUGCUGAAUCGUCCAUCACGAUUUAGAUCCUUUCAACAAAAACACUUGCUUGGCAAUUUCCAUUGAAAAUUCGACACCACUCCUUGAGGUGUUCAGCACUAGUUCGUUUAAUGCGUAUGAAAUAUUUUAGUUAAAACUCGGCAGAUAUGUAUGUUAAUGGCAAAAUUUCGGAACGAUUCAAUCAGAUAAAUUAAUUUUGAUCAGAGACUUGAAAUACUUAUAAUGUAAAGCACACACGAAUUCCACCCAGAACUCACUACGAACCAACCAAAUAAUUAAAACGACACAACCAAAAAAAG